GUUUGUAAUGUAUCAUCAGAUUUAAUCGUAAACCUUUAUACCUGUAUUUAGUAUUUUGUAAAUGUUCGUAAACAAAAAUAACAAUAUAAUCUGUCAAUGGCGUAAAUUCGUAUUCCUAAAAUUCCUGUUUUGCUAUAGUAAGUAGGAUACAAAGAACAAGCUCAAUUCGAGAAUGAGAUCAUGUAAAUAAAUUCUAAUUAUUAGGAACUUACUGUAGAUAAAAACAGAUAAUUACUAAAAAGUAACUUGGUUCUAAACAGGCAAAAACCUAGAUAACUAUGCCUAGCCAAUAUGAAGAAGAGCGAGUUUGGGAAGGAACAAAUCACCAGUAUGAAGAUGAAGGUGCAGAAGAUGUCAUUGAUAAUCCUGAAGAAGUUCUGCAGGAGUGCUUGGAAAAGUUUAAAACUCCAGACUAUAUAAUGGAGCCAGGUAUAUUUGGACAGCUCAAAAGAUACUUUCAAGCUGGAGGAAAUCCAGAGCAAGUUAUUGAACAGCUGUCUAUUAAUUACAAUGCUGUCGCUCAAAUGGCAAAUUUAUUGGCUGAGUGGCUUAUUCUUGCAGGAGUUAAAGUCACAGAGGUCCAAGACAUGGUUGAAAGACAUUUAAAGGACAUGAUUUUUAAAACAUUUGAUCCUAAAAAGGCAGAUACAAUAUUUACCGAAGAAGGUGAAACACCAGCUUGGCUCACAGAUAUGAUUGAGCACCCUACAUGGAGGUCAUUGAUUUACAGAUUAGCUGAAGAAUACCCUGAUUGCCUUAUGCUGAACUUUACCAUAAAGUUAAUAUCAGAUGCCGGGUUCCAAGGUGAAAUAACAAGUAUAUCCACUGCAGCUCAACAAAUUGAGGUGUUUUCUAGAGUUUUGAAAUCAGCUAUAGUUGGAUUUCUACAAAGUUCAGAUGAUUGGCAAAAUAGUGUUACAGAAUGUGCUAAAAUGGUUUGUCAUGGCGCACAUACAUAUGUGUAUAGCCAAGUGAUUGUUCACAUACUGUCUCAAGAGCCAAGAGGUGGUGCAAUUAUGAAAAGACUGAGUCAGGAAAUAACGCGUUGUGCACAACAAAGUGCUCAUGAUGUCACACCAAUAACACUGGCUCUAACGCCAGGUGAAUGCUGGAGAGGCGCGCGCACCGCAUUAGCGGCCAUGUUGUCUCGUGGUGCCCUUAACCCGGCAGACAUAUCAGUACUGUUUCGAGCGUACACACAAUCUGAACCACCCCCGGUCCACUUGCUGAGAAUACCGCACUUUUUAGAGCUUCUCGUAGACUCGCUAUUUAAAUUGGGUAGCAAACUUAAUCCGGAACAUAAAUCGAAAUACAUGUAUUUAUUGGCGUACGCUGCGAGUGUUUGCGAAGGUGUCGCUCCAGGCAGGCCGGUAAAAGACGAAUUGAAGGCGACGGUCCAGGCCAUUGAGAAGAUACACGCUGUUUGCAGCAGCUCUGCCAGCUCUAGUGAACUGAUCGCCGAGCUUCCGUCUUUAUAUCAUUGCAUAAGAUUUCCAGUAGUCGGGAUGGGUGUCCUGGUAUGGGUAGAAUGUGUAGUUACUGAAAAGUCGUAUUUCAAGUUAUGCACUGAACACUGUCCCGUGCAUUUGGCUCUACUUGACGAAGUUGCCUCCUGUCAUCCAUUGUUACAUCACAGAUUACUGAAAUUGCUGGUACAGUUAUUUGAAUCGCCACAAGAUGAAUUGGAAAUACUAGUACAGUUGGAACUGAAGAAAAUGUUGCUCGACCGAAUGGUUAAUUUACUGAGUCGCGGUUGUGUGAUGCCCGUUUUGCAAUACAUUAAGCAGUGCGUAACUAGAGGCGACACAGAUAUUUCACUUAUCAGAUAUUUUAUUACCGAGGUGUUAGAUGCAAUAGCUCCACCAUACACUCAAGAGUUUGUUCAACUAGUAUUACCAAUGGUAGAAAAUGAAGAAAUCACAGGAACAAUGAGGGCGGAAGGCGAAAAUGAUCCUGUUUCUGAAUUUAUAGUUCACUGCAAAGCACAUUAUGUAGUGGUAUAAGCUCUAAAUAAAUAUUUUAUUUUUA